AUGGAGGGUUCAAUACCUAAAAAUAGUGAAAGAUCAUCUAAUAGUAUUGAUAAGUUGAAAAGACGGCGUGAAGACAGAGAUGAUAUUCUAGAAAAUAAAAACGUUCCUGUAUUAAAGAACAUAAAGAAGAUUGCGACAACAAAAACUGUUUCACAAUCUGUAGUAAGUUUAGAUACAGUCCUUGAUCCACCAAAUGCAUGCUCUUCUAUGUCAACAGAAAAAAACAACCUUAAUCCUAAUCACAGCACAAAUGAAAUCUCUUCUGAGCCCAGAAAUAAGAACAAGCUUGACACUGCUCAUGGCGAUACAACAAAAGAAGAAAUAAAAACAUAUAUAAAGACAGAAAAAACUGUUUCACAAUCUGUCGAUAGUUUAGAAACAUUCUUUUUUCCUCCUUAUGAAGGCUCUUCUGCAUCAACAUAUAAUAACAUUCUUGCUUCUGCUUAUUACGUUGCUGAAAAUACUGGAGAUAACAUGGGACUGAAGAAAGAAAAAAUAACAUCACAAAAAGAAAAGAACUUUGCUACCAAAGAAGAAAGGAAAGUAAAGGGCUUAGAAAGGAAAAUAAAAACAGAAUCUGUCGAUAGUUUCGAAACAGUCCCUGAUCCUCAAAAUAAAUGUUAUUCAGAAUCAACAAGUAAUAACUAUGUUUAUACUGGUCAAUACACAAAUGAAAUGUUCUCUGUUUCAUCAAAUCUGAACAACCUAGAAUUUAGUCAUGACGUUGCUGAAAAUAAUGGAGUUAAGGUUGAAUUGCACAGUGAUUUAUUUCAAUCCAGUAACAUGCAUGAACAGCUGAGAGUAGAAAGAAGAAAGAAGAGAACAAAAAGGAAACAAAGAUACUACACAGGAAAAAGCAAAACUAGAAAAAGUAGGACAGGACUUAGAAAGGACACUAUAGAAUCUGAUGAAAAGUGUACUUCUAAUCGUGAAUAUUCUAACGGCAUGCAUAUAGAUCAAAGCAUUGUCUAUAACACUAAUGCUCUCACUUUUGUUCAUUUAAAUUUUUUGAUUCAAAAUGUGUUAAAAGCUGUACAAAAAGAUGCUACAAAAGGAAAAAUAAAAAACAACCGUAAUGCUGAUCAUUACACAAAAAAAAAGUCCUCUGGGUCCACAAAUCUGAACAACCUUGAUUCUCAUCAUCACAUUGCUGAAAAUACUGGAAAUAAGAUUCACCUGCAUAGUGAUGUAUCUAAAUCAAGCCUACUAAAAAAAUCAAUAAAGCCUAAAUCAAGAACACCUAAAAUGAAUGAAUCUUUAUCUAAUAUAAUCAGUAAGUUAAAAAGGCGGGUUGAGGAAAUAGAUGAUGCUCUAGAAACUGAAAUCUUUCCUGCAUUAAAUAAAAUGAAGAUCAUUGCGACAGAAAAAAUUGUUUCACAAUCUGUCGAUAGUUCAGAAACAGUCCCCGAUCCUCCAAAUGAAUGCUCUUCUGAGUCAAGAAAUAAGAACAAUCUUUAUCCUAAUCUUCACACAGGUGAAGGCUCUUCUGCAUCAACAUAUAAUAACAUUCUUGCUUCUGCUUAUUACGUUGCUGAAAAUACUGGAGAUAACAUCGAACUGAAGAAAGAAAAAAGUACACCACAAAAAGGAAAAAAAGAUGCGACAAAAGAAGAACGGAAAGUAAAGGGCUUAGAAAGGAAAAUAAAAACAGAAUCUGUCGAUAGUUCCGAAACAGUCCCUGAUCCUCAAAAUAAAUUUUAUUCAGAAUCAACAAGUAAUAACUAUCUUUAUACUGGUCAAUACACAAAUGAAAUGUUCUCUGUUUCAUCAAAUCUGAACAACCUAGAAUUUAGUCAUGACGUUGCUGAAAAUAAUGGAGUUAAGGUUGAAUUGCACAGUGAUUUAUUUCAAUCCAGUAACAUGCAUGAACAGCGGAGAGUAGAAAGAAGAAACAAGAGAACAAAAAGGAAACAAAGCUACUACUAUGGAAAAAGGAAAACUAGAAAGAGAGGAAGAGGACUUAGAAAGGGCACUACAAAAUCUGAUGAAAAGUGUGCAUCCAAUAUUGAACAUAGUAGGAAUAUACAUAUAGAUCAGAACAUUGACUCGAACACUAAUGCUUUCUUUGCUGAUAGAUUAAAUUUUUUGUUUCAAAAGGUGUUAAAAACUGUACUAAAUGUCCUUGAUCCUCCUCAUGAAUGCUCUUCUGGGGCAGCCAAGAACGUCCUUAAUCCUGGACAUGACACAAAUGAAAUCUCUUCUACAUUAACAAAUAAGAACAACCUUGAUUCAGUUUAUGAAGUUGUUGAAAAUACUGGAGAUAAGAUUCAACUGCACAGUGAGUUAACUCAAUCAAGCCUACUAGAGAAUGAUUUAUCUCAAUCAAGCCUACUAAUACCUAAAGAGAGUGAAAGGUUAUCUAAUAUUAUCAGUAAGUUAAAAAGGCGGCUUGAGGAAAACGAUGAUGAUCUAGAAACUAAAUUCUUCCCUGCAUGA